UAGCUAAAUGGCGUUAUAAUCGGUAGAUUGAAAACAUACUAAUUGAAAUUUUGCUCAUAUAACAACAAAUCUAUAUAUUAUUCUCUUAAGUUGUUAUGUACGAUACAGUUUGCUUGAUACUACAUCGUAUUGAUAAUCUAUAUGUCCGCAUAUAUCAGUUCACAUAGUUUACGGCCUUGAUUUGUGAUUGUGUUUUGUUAGACAUGGAUGUACAAGAAGAAUUCGAUGAAAAAAACAAUUCACUAAAAUGUGAUGAAAAUAUUUCGAUGCAUCUUGAUGAUUCUUUAUUGACUAAACGUACCUCAGAAAGAAUUAAAAGUCAACAGAUGAACAAACCAAUUGUGUCCGGUAGAUCUACACCAAUUGUGUCCGGUAGAUCUACACCAAUUGUGUCCGGUAGAUCCACACCAAUAAGUAUUAUUGACGAUGUAGAAAAAAUAUUGUCCGAAGAGAGAAAUUUUACUCCGAUACACCAAUGUAUUAAAAUUUUUAAAUGUUCAGAAUGCGUUGAGGAUAAAACUUUUGUAUCCUUUGAAGAGUUUGGAAAUCAUGUACUAAAAACUCACGAAAAAGCUCUAGCUUUUAAACGUUUAUUCACGUGCAACAAGUGCCAAGCCGUUUAUUUACGCAAUGUAGAUCUUUUUCGUCAUUUUUCUUUUGAGCAUUUAAAUGUCAAAGUUUUAAAAUGUAAAGAUUGUGGAGCAAAGUUACGAAAACAAACCAUCCAUAAUACUGAUCAAAGUUCAUCAGAAGUCAAUGAUCAGAAAGCAAUCAUUGAAAUGGUCAAAUAACAGGUCAAUGGCAUGUCAAAAAAAAUUGUUUGAACCAUUGCACUAUCAUGCACGGAAAAUCAUCAUUACUUUUAAAACCCAUUCCAAAUCACACGUUCAACGUAAAAAGCCACCAAUAAAAUAAUAGAUAAUAAUAGGCUGAUAAUUUAUGAAAAUUUAGAGAUUGCUUCUAAUAUUAUAGAAAAUAUCGCCCCUUCAGCGUAAGAACUUCCUUAAUAAACUUGAGUGGCCAAAAUGUCCUUAGACCUAUGUUAAAAAUGUACUAGACUAUGACACGUUUUCAACUUUCUUAUUUAUUGAGGUUGUUCUUGUGCUGACGUCGCAAUGUUAUGGAUAUUGUUGACAUUAUUGUAGAUAUAAGUUUAACUGAAUAUUAAUUAUACUAUAGUGAAUGAUUGUACACAUAUAAUUUUUAAGAAUAUCAUCAAAUAUUUUGACAUUCUCUUAUAAUAAAGUGAUGAUUAUACUGGAAAA